AUUUCACCUACAUGCACUUUAGUGUUGGAAUGUGAAAUUUUACCAAACGCGAUGGCUCCCUGGAAAACAAAAAGGUCGCCUAUUCUUCCGUGUUUGGCGGGCAUUGAUGCUCGGACAUCGUAAGGCUCAACUCGUGUAUCUUGGGACUCGAUCAUCUCUGGAGGACCCGGUGUUGCCCGCAUAUAGAGGGCAACAAUGAGCUAAAGUGUAUGCACGGGCGCUUUCUAUUCAGUUACAAUCUACUCGCCCCAGCUUUAUGGCAAGAAUGGCUGUUUACAUAUCUGAUCGGCUGCCUAGCCUCGCUAGCUUGUGUCAGUAUAAAAGGACUUUUUGACUCAUCGUUUCCUUCAACAAUAUGCCCAGUUUUACUGUAGAAGAUCUUUUGAAUACUUUCCCCCCACCAGUUUGCGAUGAUAACGACGCAUUCACACCUUCCCAGAAACCCUGGACGAGCGAAUACCCUAUCUUUCCGAGGCAAUAUGUGACUCCCUAUCCAGAAACCCACGCGGGCGUCGACGAGUUCCUCGGUCCGGGUGAUAACCCUUCUGCGGCCGACUUUCUGGGCCUUGCGACUCCUGCCCACCGUCCAAACCCUAUUAAGCAACAUAUACUCAGUGAAGCCGAUGUCUCACGGGAUUUCGAUCAAAAUAUAGCUCCUGGCACUGCUUUAGCCUUCUCUGGUCCUAGUGCGGUUACCAUGGUUCAAGGCCGGCUUCGACCAAAUGGACCUGAAUUACGCCAACGAUCCAUGAUGAAACCACCCACGUCAACAUCAGCAAGGAAUAUUGAUUGGCAAUUCGAGAUGCUACAUCCGGAUUCUCGUUAUAUCACGAGGGCUGCAAUAGUAGGAGAAAUGAAAAAGCCUCGGUCUCUGAUCAUAGCGGAGUGGGUAGGGGAAGCCCGUCCAGGCGCAGUGACACAACUUCUUAUGAAAGAGAUUAGAGCAUAUGCUCAUUUAUAUCAGUGUCCCCAGGCCUUUUACUAUGAUUCAAAAUACCUACUCCUCAUUCAAUUUCGCGCUCUAUCGGCGGAUGAGAUCAGGAGUGAAAAUUGUCUAAUCGAUAUAUGUGCAAUUCCUCGAGAAUCUCUCCAUCAACUCCAGUGUACUAUGCAAUAUGGCCUUUACAGGCUGACUUGGCGUGGCUGGGUCCGCCUUAGUGCAACACAAAGCAGCACCAAUCACCAAGACCGACUCGUGGCAUCACGCGUUAAUCUUCGUAGCUCCCAUGGUAUGGUGCGCAGGUAUGAAUUCUAUUCCGGGCUACCUGUCUGGAUGGGUCGUGAUGGAAGCGAGGACUUCAGCCAUCCAGAUUACUGUAAUUCGCGUCGGGACUUCAGAUGGACGUCUCAGCAAGAUGGUGUUUGGGCGUGGUACAUUCAUAUGGAUUGGAUAGAAGAUGAUACCGCGAAUUGUUUUGUUCAUUCAUACUGGCCGCCAGUCCAGCGUCUACUUUAACUGCCGUA